GUGGUGCAUUCCAAACUUAUAAACGACUACCAAAUGGAAAACAUCCUGCAGAAGAUUACCGAGCUACAAUACAAUUAUUAGGAAGACCAACUUCUUAUGAAGACUUCUUUAAUAAACUAGAACAAGUAUAUGACUCUUAUAAAGAAGGACAA